GACCCUCUCCAAGUUGGGGGAUUCCCCAGCACCCCCCUGUCCUGAGCCCCAGGGGUCCCCCCGAGGCACCCAGCGAGGCCGGGCCUCCACUGCUCCUUCCAGACACCGCCAACAGCCUUGGGCUUCCCGGCACCGCGGUGGCUCCUCCUUGGUGUCCCCCAUCCCGCCCGAGGGACCGGCCCGGUGUCCCCGGAGCGUUUGGGGACCCUUCCAGCAGCGGGAUCGCUCCCGGCUGCGAGCGAGCGUGCCCUGCCCCGGGAGGCUCCCCGGGGACCCCAGGCUCGGUGCCUCCCCGGGGUCCCCAUGCUCGGUGCCGGGCCGUGCCCCGGUGCCUCCCCGGGGUCCCCAGGCUCGGUGGCUCCCCGGGGACGCGGUGCCAGCCGGCUGCGGUUUGCCGGAGGAAGCGCCGGCCCCGUCCCGGCGCGGUUUGUGCUGCGCCCCGGAUGUGCCGCUCCGCCACCAAGAGGGACGGGGCAGCCACCUGACCGUGUCCCCGUGGCCUCAGUGUCCCUGUGUCCCCGCAUCCUCAUGUCCCCAGACCCCGUUGUCCCCGCAUCUUGAUGGCCCCAGGUCCCUUUGUCCCCAAAUUCCCACAUCCCAAUGUGGCACUGUGUAUCCCCAGCUCUCCACUUCCCAAGAUCCCUUUGUCCCCGAGUCCCCGCAUUCCCUGAUCCCUUUGUGGCCGCUUCCCGGUGUCCCCACGUGUCCCCGGAGAGCGCGGGAUGCCGCCGGCAGGGCUGGCUCCCGGUGCCGGGGGGGGUCCCGGUCCCGGUGCGCGGGAGGAAACAGACACGGGGCGGGGGGAGUUUUUUGGGGGGGUCCUUCCCGGUGCCCGCAGGGUCCCCGUGCUGCGGUGCCGCCCGGUACCGACAGAGGGCUCCGCGGGCGGCCCCCGCCUCCCCCGGGGCUGAUAAAGGCGGCGGCACCGGCACCGGCACCGGGCGGGAUGGCCCGGGGUGCGCUCCCCCUGCUCUGCUGCGCCGCUGCCCUGCUCGCUGCCGCAGCCACCAGCCAGGGGAGUCACAGCGUGACUCAGUCCAGCCCUGACGUGGGAAGAGUUGAUGCACCUCCAUCCAGUGCCCCUGCAUCAAAACCAACUCCAGCAUCUCCAUCCAGCACCACCACAGCAUCAACUCCAUCCCAUGCCACGGCAUCAGCAGCAUCUUCAUCACCUCCAUCCAGCGCCAGCACGGCAGCAGCUCCAUCCAGUGCCCCUGGAUCAAUGACACCUCCAACAUCUUCAUCCAGCACCAGCACAGCCUCAUCCAGCACCAGCACAGCACCAGCUCCAUCCAGUACCCCUGGAUCAAUGACACCUCCAACAUCUUCAUCCAGCACCUCUGGAUCAAUGACACCUCCAACAUCUUCAUCCAGCACCAGCACAGCCUCAUCCAGCGCCAGCACAGCACCAGCUCCAUCCAGUACCCCUGGAUCAAAACCACCUCCAACAUCUCCAUCCAGCACCAGCACAGCCCCACCUCCAUCCCACACAAAUGCAUCCAGAUCCACACCGCAUCCAUCCAACUCAACAGCAACGCCAGCCCCAUCCUCACCCAGGCCUGCUUCUCCCAGUUCCCCCACACCCACAGUGAGCCUGGGUCCCAACAGCACCAGCAGUGCCAGCACCAGCUCCAGAACGACAGCAACCACUGAGGGCAGCUCCAGGCAGCACCCCACUGAGCCGAGCCCUGCUGUGGUGGUGAUCAUCUCGCUCUCCGUCUGCGUGCUGGUGGCGGGGGUGACCGUGCUGCUGGUGCGGCUGUCCCGGCGCGGGACCCCCCGCUUCCAGCACCUGGAUGAGGUGCCCAUGAGCAAAGUGAUGGAGGAGUCCCCUGCCAGCCCCCCACCCCCAGCUGACCCCCCCUCUGCAGCCCCCCGGGCUCCCCACACUGCUGAAUAA